UCUCCUAAGAGAAGGGCUUGAAGCUGUCACCUCAUGCUUGCCAUCCUGGGGGAUUCUUUGCUGGCAGUGGCUGCUGAACUCUGCAAAGGUUUGUUUGCGUUUGGGAAGCCGCAAGGACCCAGCACAACCUCCAGAACUUGACAGCAUCAACAGGCCCUCUGUUUCUUCCCCCAGAAGAAUUGAGAAACCAACAAACCCUCUGUGGUGCAGGAUUGGGAGGAACAAUGUCCACGCUGCGUCUGUUCCUGGCAGCCUGCUUUCUCUUUCUCUCUCUCCUCUUGUCAAGAGUGUCCAGCCACUGCCAACUCUUCCCCAGGUCCACCUGUGAGCAGCACUCCGCCUUUGUGCCUGGACAUAACUUGGCAGGAGAGGGUAUUGACAUCACCACCCUGGCCCGAAAGGGGGCCUAUUUAGUGGACAGCAGCAGGUGGCAGGACCCCAACGGGACAUGCACCCUGUGCAGGAACCCCCUGAUGGAUGGACAGCUGCAGAGACUCCCCCUGGCUAGCGUAGACUGGCGGGUGCGCACAACCUGCUAUCGGCAGGUGACCAGUUCUGUGAAGCAUUCGGACAUGGAUGUGAUGAAAGCACUGGCCGGGGAGGUAAAGAACGAGUGGAAAAUUGAUCUAGGGUUGCCUAAGGAGAUGGACUUCUUGAAGAGCCAGGUGGUGUUUGCUGGAUCUCAUUCUCAGAUGGCCAUUUAUGCGCACAAGAAGGCUCAGCAGGACAGGUAUAGCUUCGUGAUGCAUGAAGUCUCCUGCGAGUACUACCAACUAAGGCUCCUCCAGAGGCCCUCACUGCUGACUCCCCACUUUUCCCAUGCUGUGGGGAAACUACCAAGCAAGCACGACCCCGAGGAAUACCAGCACGUCAUCGACACCUACGGCACCCACUACAUAAGCCAAGUGCAGCUCGGUGGGAGAGUGCGUAACCUGCUGGCAGUGCGGACUUGUGAGGCGGUCUUGGCGGGUCUAACAGCUUCUGACAUCAAGGACUGCCUGACUGUGGAGGCCUCUGUAGGCCCCGAUUUGCUGUCUGAGACCCUGAGGGCCAAGUGCCAGGAGCUGAAGAGAGGCCGAGCCAAAGGAGCCUUCUGGGAGGCCUAUGGCCAGCGGCGCACUGAGGCAGAAGGAGGGGACAGUCAGGUUGAGCUGCUGUUCACAGAAGUUGAGAACAACAUCGUGUUGUUCUCUGAAUGGAUGGAGACCCUUAAGACCAGGCCCGGUAUAGUUUCAUAUUCCCUGCUACCCAUUCACACUUUGAUAGCUCAUGGAGACCCAAGGAGAGAUGUGCUGAGGAAAGCUGUGAGGGAUUACAUAACACAAAGGGCCCAGUGGAGGAACUGCACAGAACAGUGUCCUUAUGGGAGCUACAAGCAUUCAGAUGACCCCUGUAAGUGUGUCUGUCACGAUGAAAGCACCACCGACGCCAUGUGCUGUGCUCGGGAGAGGGGCAUUGCCCGCCUCCAAGUCCACGUGCUGAAUGGAUCUGGCCUGUGGGCCGACUAUUUCUCUGCCACUGAUGCAUACGUCAGAGUCUUCUUCCGUGGCCAGGAAUUGAAGACCAGUGUCAUCCAGGACAACAACCACCCUGUGUGGUCUGAAAGCCUGGACUUUGGGCCUGUCAUUCUGACAGGCCUCGACUACAUUGAGGUGCAGAUCUGGGACAGGGAUAUCAAGCAUGAUGAUCUCUUGGCGACCUGUAAGGAGCUUCUGGUGGCUGGGCGUACUAAGCCGACAAAAUGUCAUCCGAAGUAUGGAUACGUAAAGUACUAUUGUGAGGUACAGUGUGGUCCCACCCUGGGUGGCACAAGUUGCCAAAACUACGUUUCUCAGAAGCAGGAUUAAAACCUUACAAUUCUGCCUUGUAGCUCAUUACAUUCCCCUCCCCUCAGCAAAACAAAGAUAAAAAAGGUGGCGCCUUAUGUACAUGGGUUAUCCUAAUUCAAGAGUUACCAAAUAUGAUUGAGGCCCUUUGCGGAGGGCUAACCAGAUACAACUUUCUAGCAACCGCGGUUAAAACUUCCAGGAGGAACUCAUGAGUGUGUCAUAGAGCCUUCAGUGUGGAAAUUUCUCCACAUCUAACUGCUGAGAAGGUUAUAUUGUCUCUGCAAUACAUAUUAUACUGGUUUAAUUCGCAUGGCUCCCAAGGAAGGAACUGCGGGAAUUGCAGUCCUGUUAAAGGGUUAGGGCUUUCUGACAAAGAAAUGCCUCACGUAAUGGCAAUUCUCAGAGACCUCUGUGAGACACCAUAGCAGCAGAAGCUCCUGCAAAACUGUACGUUUGAUGCGUCCCCAAAAUGCUUUUAUAUAUGGAACUGUAACAAGCUUAAAAUAUAUUUAACUAGCAUGGAUCUCUCUCAAGGAACACAUGGAAUUAUAGUUUGGGAGGGUGCUAGAACUAGUCUUAUUAGAAAUCCCUAGCUAUUCUACAAAUAUACCAGUUUAAGGCAGUUGUGUGAGUGUUAGUGUUGCAUAGUGGCUAAGAGACUUGGCAAAGAGUUUAGAUGUCCCAAGUUCAAAGGUUGCUUCUGUCAUGAACUCAAUGGAUAGCAUUAUUAUUAUUAUUUGUUAUUAUUUUACAUUUUAUAUCCCGCUUUUUAUAUUUUAUUACAUUUUAUAUUCCUCCAAGGAGCCAAGAGCAGUGUACUACAUACUUAAGUUUCUCCUCACAACAACCCUGUGAAGUAGGUUAGGCUGAGAGAGAAGUGGCUGACCCAGAGUCACCCAGCUAGUAUCAUGGCUGAAUGGGGAUCUGAACUCGGGUCUCCCCGGUCCUAGUCCAGCACUCUAACCACUACACCACGCUGGCUCUAAUUUUGAUAAUACUGAAUAUUAUGCAAUAUUCUCUGAGCCUCAGUGCCCCUUCCAGGGAUGGUAAAAUUAAUCAAUCUUGCAUGGGUUUCGUGAGGAUUACAGAAGUUUAUUUACAGUCAUUUGAAUUGUUUGGAAGUGUUAUGCAAGUACAAAAGAUUGAGACACAGAACCAGAAUCCCCCAUACACAGAGGCAAAGUAGACGGAGCAUCUUCUGUAGUAGCAUACCAAGUUGGAAAUGAAGCAGAUGUGAGCCUGGCCUCUACUUCAGUGAGACCCCCAUUAGGGGAUACCAAAUGCUCUUUGAAGGAAUGACAGGGCUAUUCUGUCACAGUAUGUAGUUUCAGUAAUUUGCCUAUUAAAUACUGGUUCUCGCUGGUCAGAUUAUCUUCCCAUUUUUCACUCAGCAAUAACUUCUCAAUGUCUGCACAUUCCAGCAACAAGAGAUAUCUUUUGCAAUUUGCUUAGUACAAAGGAAUGUUUGUGAUUUUGUACGUAGUGCUUAUAAUAUCUUCUUUUGCAACUACAAUGUAUGGCUUGGACUUCAGCUAACAAAAUACUCUGAGAGGCUCCGCAUAAUUGGACUUUGUUUCAGGGGAGGAAUCUGUGAAAUGUGACAUAGAUUGACACAAAACCUCAGGCAAAAAAAAUUUAAAGGUGGCAACAAUAAGUAGAGAUCUUGAGGCUCAGGGACAUCAAAAGAUUAAUGAGGGACACUGGGAAAAAAUGGUUCAAGUCAAAAAUAUCGCUGACAAUGAGGGCUAAUUGAAGAGUGGGCUUCUACCUUCUCACUGCUGAAUAUCUUAAAAAGUAAUGACAUAGGUUUAACAGUGGAAAGUAUAACUUAUAAAGUUAGGUAAGAUAUACAAUGAAGAGGUUUCCAUAUGAAGUAUCUGUGAGACAGGAAAGGCAAGGGCUUCACCUAUUAUUUAUCGCCUCUGUGACUUGCUAAACUUGACAAGCCUCCACUAAUUGGUAGUUCAGCCCAAAGAUCUCCAUGUAAAAGCUGAUCUGUGAUUAACUGUUUCAUACAACCAGAACAAUUACUUCACAGUAGUUAUUCCUGGAUAAUCCCGGUUGUGUGAAUAAGAACAAGGUUAUAUUUUUAUCUAAUUUUAUAUACCUAAUUUGUUAUGUAUCUCUAGGCGGUGUGCACAGUUCUUUUAAAGUUGGUGUUAUAUGGUCCCUUUGGGUUAUCCCAGAGACCAGUCUGGCUGCUGCAUUCUGUACCAGUUGUAGUUUCCAGUCUACAUACAAAGUCAGUCCCACGUGUAUUACAGUAGUCAAGCCUGGAGGUUACCAGCAUAUUUACCGCUGUUUUAAGGUCAUUUACAUCCAGAAAUUGGCAUAGCUGACAUAUCCACUGAAGCUAACAAAAAGCGCUCGUGGCCACUGCUUCAACCUGAGUUUUGGAUCCAGGAGCACUCUCAAGCAACAUACCUGAUCUUUCAGGAGUGUAACACCAUCCAGAACAGGCAGAUCUAAACCAUCUCUCAGGUUCCGACCUCCAGAGUCAGCACCUCCAUCUUAUUUGGAUUCAAAUGCAGUUUGUUAUCCCUCAUCCAGUUCAUUAUUGCCUCCAGACAGGCAUUUAGGGAAGUUAUGUCCACCUAAGGUCAAUAUGGAGAAACAGAUCUGUGUGUCAUCAACAUAUUGAUAACUCCCUACGCCAAACCUCCUGAUGAUCUCUUCCAGCAGUUUCAUGUAGAUAUUAAAGUGUACUGGAGAUAUUAAAGUGUACUGGAGCCUUGUGGAA